AUGACAACAACAGUCGAACCUAUUAAUAUUCGACCUGUUCAUAGUAUGACAUGUUAUAUCUGUUUGGAAAAUAUUGUAACAAUGCACAAACAAUUUGGGAUACAAAACAAUUGUGAUCAUAUAUUUUGUUUUGAUUGUUUAUCAACUUGGCGUCGCACGAGUGCUAUGAUUGAUAAGGAUACAAGUAGACGAUGUCCAUUGUGUCGUACACGAUCAACUUUUAUAGCUCGAAGUUGGCGUUGUUUUAAUAAUCGUGAUGAUAAACAAUCUUUAAUUGAUACACAUAAAUUAAGUUUGAAAACAAUGCCCUGUCGAACUUUAUUACGAUAUGGUUAUUGUCGAUUUGGUCAUCGAUGUUAUUAUAAUCAUCAUAUUCCAUUAACAUCAUCAACAUCUCAAAGAUGGUCGUCGUCAUCACCAAUUAAUACAUCGAUUUCAUUCAAUGAACAUCAACAAAAUUCAUCAAUUAUUUUUCAAUCGAUGAAUGAUAAUAAUAAUAAUGAUGAACAACAGGAACCACCAAGAAGAUUUACUUAUAAUUCACAUCGAUAUAGACCUUAUUAG